GCAGAAGGAAUGGCAUUUCUCCCAAUUCUGGGCCUCCUGGUGGCUGGCCUCUGCCCCUCUGUCCACGGCCUCCCAGGGGGCAAGCUUCACCCAGGGGUUGUGACCCAGGAGGACCAACACCACCACGCACCUGUGGACAACCUCAGAUUAGCUCCCGUCCACGCCGACUUUGCCUUCAGCCUCUACAAGCACUUGGCUUUGAGGAACCCCAAUGAGAAUGUCAUCUUCUCCCCAUUGAGCAUCUCCAUUGCCCUGGCCUUCCUGUCCCUGGGGGCUCGAGGCACCACCCGGACUGAGAUCCUCAAAGGCCUCAAGUUCAACCCCACAGACAUCUCUGAGGCAGAAGUCCACCGGAGCUUCCAGCAUCUCCUGUGCACCCUCAGCCAACCCAGCAACUCACUGCAGCUGAGCGUGGGCAACGCCCUGUUCAUCGAUGAGCGGAUGAGGCUGCUGUACAACUUCAGGGACGACGCCGAGGUGCUGUACGCCUCCGAGGCUUUCUCUACUGCCUUCCGGGAUCCCGCCGCUGCAAAGAAGCUCAUCAAUGACUACGUGAUGGAGAAAACCCAGGGGAAAAUUGUGGAUUUGGUCAGUAACCUUGACGUAGGUGUAGUGAUGGUCCUGGUCAAUUACAUCUACUUUAAAGCCAAGUGGGAGACGCCCUUCGACCCCCAGGAUACGCGCCCGUCCACGUUCUCGCUGACUGAUGGAAGGUCAGUGAUAGUGUCCAUGAUGAAGACUUCGGACCUGACCACGCCCUACUUCCGGGACGAGGAGCUCUCCUGCACGGUGGUGGAGCUCAGGUACAACAGCAACUACAGCGCGCUCUUCAUCCUCCCGGACGAGGGCAGAAUGAGGACCGUGGAGGCUGCUCUGGCCCCCGAGACACUGACGCGGUGGAGAGAGUCACUGCGGAUGACACAAAUAGGCCUGUACCUGCCAAAGUUUUCCUUCUCCAGUCACUAUGAUCUGGAACGCACACUCCCUGAGCUGGGCAUAAGGACAGUCUUCCAGAACCAGGCUGACCUGUCAGGUAUUGCAGGUGGCAAGGACCUGAAGGUCUCUCAGGUGGUCCACAAAGCCCUGAUUGAAGUGGCCGAGAAUGGCACGGAAGCAGCUGCUGCCACAGGAAUAUCAGCGGGCAUUACGUCCAUAGGAAUAGAACCAAGGACCACUGUGAAGUUCAACAGGCCCUUUCUGUUAUCCAUAGUCUCCAAAAACACGCAGAGCAUCCUCUUUUGUGGCAGAGUCGUCCACCCCAAUGAAGACAACAGCUCCUCACAAAUGGCGAGGAUCCUCCGCUAA